AUGUUCUUUUUGAUUUUUCUUCCGUCCAAUCUAUCGCUGUUGGAGCCGAUCAUGAGAUAACAGGACCCUUGCUGGAAACCAAAACAUCGACUAUCAAUUUCACUCAAUAAGUACUGUACCAAAUGCCAGGUCGAUAUCGCAAAAUCUCGCCACUGCAGGCACCAACUAAACCAUAUAUUGCUCUCGGCCUUGAGGGUUCAGCAAACAAGCUGGGUGCGGGAAUAAUCAAACACGAUAAAGAUGGAAAGACUCUAGUCUUGUCGAAUAUUCGACAUACCUAUAUCACUCCACCUGGAGAGGGCUUCCUGCCGCGGGAUACCGCCCAGCAUCAUCGAGAAUGGGCUUUAACUGUCAUACGAGAUGCUAUAAAAAAGGCAGAGGUAUCAAUGCACGACCUUGAUUGCAUCUGUUACACAAAAGGUCCUGGAAUGGGUGCCCCUCUACAGUCUGUCGCACUUGUGGCUAGGACUCUUUCCCUUCUCUACAACAAGCCUCUCAUUGGUGUGAAUCACUGCGUGGGACACAUCGAAAUGGGGCGUCAGAUAACAGGCGCACAGAACCCUGUCGUUCUUUAUGUAUCCGGCGGAAACACACAAGUUAUUGCAUAUUCCCGACAAUGCUAUAGAAUAUUUGGAGAAACUCUCGAUAUAGCUGUCGGGAACUGUCUCGAUCGCUUUGCCAGAGUCAUAAAUCUGAGCAACGAUCCUAGUCCAGGGUACAAUAUCGAGAAGGAAGCAAAAAAGGGAAACCGACUUGUGCCUUUGCCGUAUGCUACGAAAGGCAUGGAUGUCAGCCUGUCUGGGAUCCUAUCCGCGAUUGAAGCAUAUACGCUGGACAAGAAAUUUUGCGCUGAUAGCCUGCCAAAUGGAACGGUUUCCGACGAAGACAUAAUUACACCUGCCGACUUAUGUUUUUCUCUACAAGAAACUGUAUUUUCAAUGUUGGUGGAGAUCACAGAACGGGCAAUGGCCCAUAUCGGAAGUAAAGAAGUGCUCAUUGUUGGAGGUGUCGGCUGUAACGAACGGUUGCAAGAAAUGAUGGGCAUAAUGGCACAAGAACGUGGUGGACAAGUCUUCGCUACUGACGAGCGAUUUUGCAUCGAUAAUGGCAUUAUGAUUGCCCAAGCGGGUCUUCUUAGCUAUCGCAUGGGUCAUGAAACACCUUUCCACGAAAGCACAUGUACUCAAAGGUUCCGCACAGACGAGGUUCAUGUCGCAUGGCGAAUAUAAUUUCAAGCUUCCAAACAUCCUUUCCCACGUCACUACGCAAUUAAAAGCCUAUUUUUUGUCAAUAUUCAAACAACGAGCAGAUAGUGACCUCUUUGUACAUCACGAAAAUCUCAUGUAACCCUAGCUCCCAUUGGUAAUUCGACACAAAACCGUUAAUAACUUGUGGCUCUGGAGGCGACCAUGGUAUCUGGAAUCAGUCAUUUUACUCGUAACUUCCGUAGUAUAAC